AUGCGUCCACCCCGACAUCCCACCCUCAUCUUUCACAGUCACCAUGACAUCUUCAUCGCCCAACCCCGUCUCAUCCUUGCUCCUCACCGCCAUGUCCGCCUCUCCUCCACCGCCCCCACCCCGUCCCUCCUAAAAACCCACAACAUCCCCGCCCCCCACCUCGGCCACAUCCGCAUCCUCAGUCUCAACAACCCCCGCAGCCGCAACGCCAUCUCCCGCCAACUCCUCUCGGAGCUCUCUCACGAAAUAUCGGCCGUGAAAACGCAGACCGAGGAUGAGCUGGCGAGGAGGAAAACCCAGCAACAAGAGAGCGCAGCGCUGGGAGCAGGAACGCGGGUGCUGAUUCUCGCCAGCGACCUCGACGAAUGCUUCUGCGCGGGCGCGGACCUGAAAGAGCGGCAGAGCAUGAGUGCUGCAGACACGACCCACUUCCUCCACACCCUCCGCAGCACCCUAACGCAGCUCUCCGGGCUCCCCAUCCCGACCAUCAGCGCCGUCGCCUCCGUCGCCCUCGGCGGCGGUCUCGAACUCGCGCUCGCGACCACCUUCCGCAUCUUCGCCUCCUCGGCCCUCGUCGGCCUGCCGGAGACGCGGCUCGCGAUCAUACCGGGGGCCGGGGGCACGUAUCGGUUGCGGGGGUUGGUCGGGGAGGCCAGGGCGCUGGAGAUGGUGCUGACGGGGAGGAGGGUGGGCGGGGUGGAGGCGGGGCGGAUGGGGAUUUGCGAACGGGUGGUCGAUGUGGGUGGUGGGGGGGACGGGGAUGGGGGUGGUGGGGAGUCUGCGUCUUGGACGGGGGGGAGGGAGUGGAGGCGGGAGGUGAGGGAGAAGGUGUUUGAGAGCGCGGUGGGGAUGGCGAGGGAGAUGUGUGAGGGGGGGCCGGGGGCUGUGGGGGCGGCGAUGAGGGUGGUGAGGGAGGGGACGGCGGAGGGGGAGGAUAGGGAGUAUGAGGGUGUUGUGGGGAUGGGGGAUCGGGAUGAGGCGCUCAGGGCGUUUGGGGAGAAGAGGAAGGCGGUGUUUAGGGGGAGGUGA